AUGGAAUCUGUGAAGGAGUUCGCCCACCGCCGCUUCCAGAAGCUAGGCCGAUGGUUCCGCAGGGAGACCGCUGCCGGCGACGGCCUGCAGGUCUUCGCCCUCGGCCUGAACAAGCGGCUCGCGGACGACGCCGGCAGGAGCGGCAACCUGGUCUUCUCGCCGCUGUCCGUCUACGCCGCGCUCUCGCUGGUGGCCGCGGGCGCCCGCGACCGCACCCUCGACGAGCUGCUCGGGGUCCUCGGUGCGCCGUCGCAGGACUUCCUCGCCGGCCACGUCCGCGCGCUUGCCGAGCAGGUUCUCGCCGACUGGUCCCGGACAGGCGGCCCGCGCGUCAGCUUCGCGAGCGGCGUGUGGCAUGACCGGACCAUGCCCAUCCGCCCCGCCUACCGCGAUGCCGCCGAGUCCUUCAAUGCCGUCGCCCCCGCCGUCAACUUCCGCCAAAAGCCGGAGGAGGCGAGGAAGCAGAUCAACGCAUGGGUGUCGUCGUCGACCAACGGCCUCAUCCCCUCCCUCGUCGGCCGCGGCGCGCUGUCCAACCUCACCGAUCUGGUGCUCGCCAACGCCAUCUACUUCAAGGGCAAGUGGGCGGAGCCGUUCGACAAGUAUCUCACAAAGAAUGACAAGUUCCACCGCCUCGACGGCACCGCCGUCGAUGCUCCAUUCAUGCGCGGUCUCGGCAUGCACAGCAUCGCCUGCCACGAUGGCUUCAAGGUGCUCCAGCUCCGCUACGAGGAAGGGCGCCGCACGAUGUGGUCGCCCGAGCCAAUUUACUCCAUGUGUGUAUUCCUUCCCGACGCGCGCGACGGGCUGUGGCGGCUCACCGACAAGAUCGCCUGCAACCCCGACUUUCUGCGCGAGCAUCUGCCGAGGAGCACCGUCCUUGUCGACGACUUCCAGAUGCCUAAAUUCAAGGUCACCUUCGGCAUGACAAUGAACAAUGUUCUCCAGGAGAUGGGGGUAAAGGAGGUGUUUGAGCUGGGGAAGGCCGACCUGUCCGACAUGGCGGAGGACGGCGCAAGGAGGAAGCUGGCACUAGAGCAGGUGAUCCACAGGGCCGUCAUCGAGGUGAACGAGGAAGGCACGGAGGCCGCGGCGGCCACUUACUCGAUGGCACCCAUGUGCUCACCGAACCCAGCACCGCCUCCGCCGCGUGUGGACUUUGUUGCUGACCAUCCGUUUGCCUUUUUUGUCGUGGAGGAGGUGUCCGGCGCGAUCUUGUUCGCUGGCCACGUCCUUGACCCCACCAUCAAGUGAUGAAGCAGG